AUCGUCUUCUUCCUUUUAGUUUUUCUUUUUCUCUCACAGUAAAAAAAAAAGAAACACUCUUUUAUUUACUGCUCCUCCUCCUUCUUGUCUAGAACCAGAAAGCGGGAACAGUUUCGGGUCGCUGCAUAUCGGAGAAGUAAUGGCGGCUGUCAGAGAGGUGGCUCAGAGGUCAGCCCCAAAGCGGCGGAGGUACUCUUCGCAGAAAGCAUACUGCUGAGAAAGAGAGAUAGAGAUAGAGAGAGAGAGAGAGAGAGAUGCCAUUUUAUCGUUCUUGUUUUGAUCACUGAAACAACCGUCUUUUUCAAGAUUAGAUUUUUAUGAACUCUCUGGGUAGAUUUCUCAAUGUCGUUUGACAUUCGAUAAAGACACCUCGCCGCCCAGUAAACAUCUGUUGGUUGUUUUCCGGUUUUGGUUGUUAAGAUUUGAUCUAAAGCUUGGAUUUUGGCGAUGAUGAUUAUGGAGGGGUGCAUGAAGGGGAUUUCUGGGAUUUACUCUUUGAUCAACUUUUUUAGUUUGUUUUUGCGUUGCUGAGUGUUUGAUAAUAAAAAAAGAUCGAGUCUUGUUGUUUCCUGAGGUUUGGGUGUUGGGUGUGGUUUCUUUAGCUAUAGAGAGAAAUGGGAAAGGGUGAUGGUUUGUUACUACUUCUAUCAACAGAGGGACCGCCGAUAAAGCGGCGAGCAGGGUUGAGGAGGAAACAGGCCGGAAGAGGAUCUUACAGAGGUAGUUAGGUUUAGCAAAACAGGAGAAUAGAGGGGGAAACAAAAUUAGGGGUUUUAAUAAUUUCUGUUGUAACUUGACCCGAUUUCAAGAUUUAGGGAACUGGAUUCUUUGGGAGGUUGGGGGGUCUGGAUUUGUUUAGAAUUUCUGCUCACUGCAAACACAUUAUGGGAUUCCUAUUGCGCCAAGCACUCAGGACCCUCUGCUGCAACACUCUCUGGAACUAUGCUGUUUUCUGGAAGCUCACCCAUCGUGCAAGGAUGAUGCUGAUAUGGGAGGAUGCCUACUAUGGUAAUAACGAGCACCAAGAGAAGAAAUUGUUCAGUAAUUCAGCAGGCAACUUGCUUGAUGGGCAUUGUUCACAUGAUGCUCUCGGUUUAGCUGUGGCUAAGAUGUCAUAUCAUGUAUAUUCUCUAGGGGAAGGGAUUGUCGGGCAGGUGGCUGUUACUGGUAAACAUUUGUGGAUUUCUGCUGAUAAAUGGGUAACAAACCCCAGCUCCUCAUUUGAGUACUGUGAUGGAUGGCAAACUCAGUUUUCGGCUGGAGUUAAGACCAUUGUUGUUGUGGCGGUUGCUCCUCUAGGAGUUGUACAGCUUGGAUCUUUGGAUGAUAUUCCUGAGGAUCUGAAGAUGGUCAAACACAUUAGGGAUGUUUUCUCGGAGGUCCAUGAUUCUGUAGCUGGGCACUUGCAGGGUGCAAUGCAGAAUAAUGCGGAGACUUCUUGUGUGUCAGAUGUGUCCACUAGAACCUCCGGUUCAGAGGUUUAUCUCGAUUGCACAAAUAAUCUAGAUAGAAGUAUUGAAGACGGGACAAAUUUUUGCUCUUCUAAAUAUGUGUUUCUUGGACAAGGAAAGCACGGGCAUCAUUCUCCUAUGGUUUCUCAUCCUUCAACUUACCCGAAUAAAAUACAUGAAAUGCCUAAUAAGCAUGAAGCUCCCGGGCCUCCAAUACCGAGUUGUGGAAGUUUCUUCAAUGGGCAUCAAAAGGGAGUAUAUGCGCACGAAGCUAUUGCUCCGAUGAGUGAAGUGCAAACUAGCAACCUAAGGGACUCGGUAGACGAUAAAAGUAAAUCUUAUAAGAACAAUUCUAGUGACAAAAUUGCUUCGUGUGAUGCUGUACAGGCUUUUGAUUAUUCCAGGAUGGAUAUACCGUACCCCCCUUCAGAAUUUCUCGUUUCUGCAGCACAAAAUGAUCAGAACGGGGCGUUUUCCUUGCCCGUUCUUCCCAAUGCUGGCUUACAUAAAGAUUCCGAGAAUAACUCGUUCCAGUCGAGUGAUAUGAACAUAAUUCAGACGCCUUUAAGCUUCUAUGCCGGCUAUGAGCUAUAUGAGGCAUUAGGACCCGCUUUUCAAAAGGGUAACACUCAUAAUCUUUGGGAAACCGAGAAAACCGAAACAGGAAUGGCCGUCGAGAUACCCGAGGUAAUGGGUGAUAGCAGUCUGUUAAUGAGUGACAGUAGGACCGAACAUCUUUUGGAAGCGGUGAUAGCCAACGUUAAUUGCCACGAGAGUGACGCUAACAGUGUGAAGUCUCUCUGUAAAUCUGUUGAAUCCUUUGUGACCACUGAAAAGACGGAACCUUGCACUAGUGAUGUGGGCACAAUCAGCUCAGCAGGUUACUCGUUUGACCGUGAUACACUGAACAGCUUCAACUCUUCGGGGGCGUGUGGCGUUAGGUCUUCAAUAGGCCUUUCUUCGACCAGUUCUAGUAGAGGCAGCGCGCAUAUGGAAAGACCACAAGAACCGGCUAGAAUGAAUAAACGGAGGGCAAAACCUGGUGAAAGUUGUCGACCUAGGCCCAGGGACAGACAGCUGAUUCAAGAUCGCAUCAAGGAGUUGCGAGAGCUGGUGCCUAACGGUUCAAAGUGCAGUAUCGAUUCACUUCUGGAGCGCACAAUCAAGCACAUGCUUUUUAUGCAAAGUAUCACCAAGCAUGCCGAGAUGCUAAAUAAAUGCACUUCAUCAAAGUGGCUCGAGAAGGAACCGGGAACCCAAGGGCCUUCCUCCAACGAGCAAGGUUCAAGCUGGGCGGUGGAAGUGGGGAGUAACAUGAAAGUGUGCCCUAUAAUCGUAGAAAACCUGAACAUGAAUGGUCAAAUGCUAGUCGAGAUGUUAUUAAAAGACUGCAGCCAUUUUCUCGAGAUAGUGGAAGCCAUCAGGAGCUUGGGUCUCACCAUACUGAAAGGCGUAGCAGAAGCGUGUGGCGAGAAGACCCGUAUGUGCUUCGUGGUUGAGGGACAGAAUAACCAACCCAUGCAUCGCAUGGAUAUACUAUGGUCACUAAUGCAGCUACUGCCACCCGAGAUUAAUGCGUGAUGCAGCUAACCAGACCGGGCUGGGGCGCUGUAUCUACCGAAGUAUUUGGUUUCCUUGCCUUGUAAUGGCGGCUCAGUUCGUAGAUUUGCUCAGCUUUUUGUGUGAAGAUGAUUUCUUUUUCCAUGUUUUGCAAUUGUAAUUCUCUUUAAAUUGAAUUAUUUGUUGAGUGCUAGCUAUACCAAUGAACACUGUUCGAAACUUUCUAUUCCUGGAUUGGAUGUGGUUUUCUUUGUCUGUUCUGUACAAUGAUGUUUUGUGCUACAUUGGUUUUGACUUCACAAGAAACUGUAAAGUAGUGUUUAAACUCGAGAAAUUCUUCUACA